CUGGGGGUGGAGUUACCGCCUUACGUCAGGAAAUCCAUUCAAGUCGGUCAGUUGACGAUGUAAACAAAAGUAGCGUGCAUACUGAAACUGGUUCGUUUGAGCUUUUAGCAUUGGCUAACUAUGUUAAUGGCACUUAAUUCACGUGUCUGCUACACUUGACUGAACAGAGCAGUGUGUCUGUGGACAGUUAGCAGCGUCGAUGCUGCCUCACAGGUUGCUAGGUUAGUCGGUUUAGCUGUUAGCUAGCUUCAGUGUCCACAGAGUCAGUACACCACUGUGAGGGAGUUAGUAACAAGAUGGAGGCUCAUUUGGGAUCCCUGCAGAAUCCAAAUCUAAGCUCUGUCCUGUCGUCGUGUGAGCCAGAGCUGCAGGAGCUGAUGCGACAGAUCGACAUCAUGAUCAACCAGCAGAAGAAGGGUUGGGAGGCUGAGGUCCAGGCCAUGAGGCUCCGGCUGAAGGGAGGAGAGGACGAGCUGCUGACUUCCAGGAACCUUAUAAAACGGAGGGACCUGGAGAUCGGAUUGCUCCACAAGCAGCUAGAAGAUGUCCAGACUGAUCGACCAGAGUUAGAUGCCAAGUACGAACAACAACUACAGAAAGUUCGUGAAGAGUUGGAUAAAUUAAAGAGAAGUUACCACAAGCUCCAGCGCAAACAUGUAAAGGAAACCAGUGGAGGAGUGAAAGAGAAGAACCUUUCAGAGGUGACCCAACUGCAUGAAAAGAUUGAGGAAUAUCGUCAGCGCGCUGCAGAGUGGGAGCAGCAACACGUCCAGUCCCAGAGACAGCUGACAGCACUGGAGGCCCAGAACCGGAGCCUGACUGAUGAGCUCACGCGUGCGAAUACUCAGUGGGCAUCAUGGCAGACGGAGGAAGAGCACAGGGAGUGUGUGGAGGUGAAGAAUCUGCGUACUCGGCUGGAGAAGACUCAGAGCAGCCUGCACUCGCAGGAGCUCGAACUGGAGCGACUCCGGCCACUCGAGCUGUGGCUGGGACAGAACCAGAGAGAGCAGCAGGUGUUUUCAGGGGAACGGGAGCCGCUUCAUGCCACACUGGACUCCCAGGAUACAUCUGUGCAAAGAGCCCGUUUUGAACAGCAAAGGCUUCGUAAUGAAGCUGCCAGACUCAACCAGCUGCUGCAAGCUAAAGAUCAAGUCAUUCGCUCUCUGGAGGACUGCUUUACUGCUCAGGGCUGUGCCAGUGUGGAGACCCUAAGACGGGAUCUGGAGAGGACUGCAACCAAACUUCACUGUGCUCAGGCCUGUGAGGUUCAUCUCAAGGCUGAACUGGCCUGUCUCAAAGAGAGACUGGAUAAAGUGAACCGACUGAGUGCUGACCACUCGAAGACAGGACAAGACCUGAGAAGCAUAAAAGCAGAACAUGACUCUUCUGUUACUGAGCUGAAAAAGGUGAGAAACCUUCCCUCACUCACUCACUCACACACUGUGUUUUCUGCAUCUUACCUUUACCCAUCAGCAUCAUUCCUUACUUAUCACCUCUGUGGAUUAAUUCUGCAGCUGAGAGAAGAGCUUCACACGACCAAGCAGACUCACAGUGGUGAGGUGGACGGGAUGAGGAAGGAGGUGUCAAAGCUGACCGGCGAGCUGCACCAGCGCAACCUCACCAUCGCCUCACUGAGCGGCUCCGCGGCCAACAUCAAGCAGCAGCUCUGUGGCGAGGUGACGCGAGCACAGCAGAAGGCAGCUGAGCUCAAAAUGACUCAGACACAGCUGGAGACUGUGCAAACUGAGAACCAUCAUCUGACGGAUCUGCUGCACAGACUGGAUUCUCAGUCACCAAAGAGGGGGGACUCCGUGCUUGCAUCACUGAAGGAGAGUUACAUGUCCUCGCUGAGCAGCCUGGAGCAAGAGAAUCAAAAGCUCAGGCAGGCACUCAGUGAGAUGCGAGCCCAAGUCGGGGUGUCCAUCCAGGGCAAUUCUGAAAGUCCCCUGCUCAGCCAUGUUGUAACCGACCGAACACGGCCCGCUCAGGACAAGACUGGAGAUACCAGACAUCACAAUCACCAGGAGGAGACGCAGGCCGCAGCAGCUAAGCCGCAGGAGAACACCACUCGCCAUGAAGGAGAGAUCCAGAGGCUCUUUGAAGAGCUGCACACGCUUUCGAAGUCACACACAGACCAGCCCUGCAGCCAGGUCCAAGACGAUAGGCCUCAGUCAUCAGCUUCUUCCUCUUCCUCCUCCAGCAGCAAAAGAUUGAUCAGGACAAACUCGGUGCCAAUGUUAAGUUCAAAUGAAUCUGCUGAGCGACAGAGCUCCAGCUCCGAAGACUCGCCGAACCUGGUGUCCAGGAAGAAAGUCCCUCCUGCCACCUCUCCACUGGAGCCUUCAUCAGCUUCACCUGCAGACAGCAUGGUCACUCAUUUCCUGGAAGAGGAAAUGUUACUGACCAACGAGCUGUUCCAGAGACUGGACACUCACAUCCAGGGGAUGAGAGAGAACAACAUUAGAACAGCCUCCAAGUACCUGCCCACUGGCUCAGAGCCUGAAUCCCCCCCACACAUCUGUACAGAAUUGUCAGUGAGGGAUGAACAGUCGUGAAUCACUAUUGUUGGGCGUUUUUAUAUAUGUCGCACAGAAUUAAACUCUAGAGAGAUCUGUAUUUUUUUUACAUGUAUUUGUACAUAUAAAUUCAGCAUGGCAGCUUGGAGCGGUGACUUCACUCUAGUGUUUUUUCAAGAUGCUGCUGAGACCUGGUUCACAUAGACCCUGUUCAGACCUGGUAUUAACAUCCGUCCUGAGUCAUCCGAUCAUGGUCAGACCUAAGUUGAGAUCUAAACACACCCCACUCAGAGUCCUGAGAUCCAAUCACCAUUAGGAGGUGCUCUGUGACGCUUUGAGAACAUCAAGGCGUCCUGGGCCACAUGUGAUGGACCAACAACUCAGCUGACGUCCCCAGACCCACUACUGUUUAACCUUAUUUUGACUCUUCUCACUGCCCAUUAGCACUGACCAACACAUAAUGACUGAUACUUUACUUUGAUUGGUAACAUUUUUCUUCAUAACCGCACGAGAUUCAUUCAUUCAGCUCCUCCUGACUCCAUUCACUCUCUCUCUUUAUCGCUCUCUCUCUCGCUUGUGCCAACACACACACACACACACACACACACACACACACACACAUUGCCAUUAGACACAUCUGUAAACUCAGAUUAGGUAAAAACAACCCAUUUUGUUUUCAAGAACAAAAAUGACGUACAUGAUUAUAUGCAUAUAGAGCGAGGGAGUGAGAUUUGAUCACAAGUGGUCACAGGAGAUGCACUCAGGAUGUAAUACCAGGUGUGAACACACAAAUUUAACGUUGUCCCCUUGUGAUCAGAUCUCUCAGGAUCUCUAAAUACCAGGUCUGAACGAGGCCAGCAUUCCAAAUGACAGAUUUAUUGCAAUGUGUUUGUAUUGUGUUGCUGAUCAGCUCAGAUUUUCUAAUGGUAAUUUAUUUAUCCUAUAACCAAUCACACCACUUUAUACAAUCUGUUGAAACAGUCUUGACAGGAAGAGGAAACAUGGACCAUGUAAAUAUGAGCAUUUGUUUAUGAGUAACAAUUAAAUAUUAACUUUCAUCAAAA